GGCUUCAGCGCGCACGCGCGCAGAUGUCGGCGGUGCUGAGCCCCUACUUGAGAGGCUCCUGUCACAUGAGCCGCGCGCCCGCUCUGUUCCCCCUCCUCCCUGGCUGGGCUGUGUGAAUGAAGCUCUGCAGGCUACGUGGGGCGCUAGCUCAACUUGGUGUCCUGGACUUCAGAGCGAACUGAGUGCACUGCCCGCGGGCGACGGACUCAGCGACAGGGUUGGGGUUCUAGCAUUUUCCAGAAAGCAGGACCACACCUUCCAUCUACACCCUAUUCAAGACUCUCUACAAAACUGGAGUGCUCUAGGAAACCCUGAGACUGUGACCCCAGUGUGGGAGAAGAUAGUAUCAGAUGGCCAUGUGGCAGGGAGCCAUGGAUAACAAAGGCUUUCGGCAGGGAAGUUUUAGUAGCUUCCAGAGCAGCACCAGUGAUGAAGACUUAAUGGACAUACCAGGGACAGCUAUGGAUUUCUCCAUGAGAGAUGAUGUUCCUCCUUUAGACCGAGAAAUAGAAGAGAACAAGUCAUACAAUGAUGCAGGAAUAGUUUCUGCAAAUAGGAUGAUGGACUUUUUGGAGGAGCCAGUCCCUGGUGUGGGGACCUAUGACGAUUUCAAUACAAUCGACUGGGUGAGAGAGAAGUCCCGAGAUCGGGAUAGGCAUCGAGAGAUUACCAAUAAAAGCAAAGAGUCAACAUGGGCCUUAAUUCACAGUGUGAGUGAUGCUUUUUCUGGCUGGUUAUUGAUGCUACUUAUUGGUCUUUUAUCAGGUUCCUUAGCUGGCUUGAUAGACAUCUCUGCUCAUUGGAUGACAGACUUAAAAGAAGGUAUCUGCACAGGCGGAUUCUGGUUUAACCGUGAACAUUGUUGCUGGAACUCUACACAUGUCACCUUUGAAGAGAAAGACAAAUGCCCAGAGUGGAAUAGCUGGUCCCAGCUUAUCAUCAGCACAGAUGAGGGAGCCUUUGCCUACAUAGUCAACUAUUUCAUGUACGUUCUCUGGGCUCUCCUAUUCGCCUUCCUUGCCGUAUCUCUUGUCAAGGUUUUUGCGCCUUAUGCCUGUGGCUCCGGAAUCCCUGAGAUAAAAACUAUCUUGAGUGGUUUCAUUAUUAGGGGCUAUUUGGGUAAGUGGACCCUGAUUAUCAAAACCAUUACAUUGGUGCUGGCAGUAUCAUCUGGCUUGAGCCUGGGCAAAGAGGGCCCCCUAGUGCACGUGGCUUGCUGCUGUGGGAACAUCCUGUGCCACUGCUUCAACAAAUACAGGAAGAAUGAAGCCAAACGCAGAGAGGUUUUGUCGGCUGCAGCAGCAGCUGGUGUAUCUGUAGCUUUUGGGGCACCUAUUGGCGGAGUAUUAUUCAGCCUAGAAGAGGUCAGCUACUAUUUUCCCCUAAAAACACUGUGGCGUUCUUUCUUUGCUGCCUUGGUGGCAGCAUUUACUCUACGUUCCAUCAAUCCAUUUGGGAACAGCCGCCUGGUUCUAUUUUAUGUGGAAUUUCACACCCCAUGGCAUCUCUUUGAGCUUGUGCCAUUCAUUCUGCUGGGCAUAUUUGGUGGUCUCUGGGGAGCUUUGUUUAUUCGCACAAACAUUGCCUGGUGUCGGAAGCGUAAGACCACCCAGUUGGGCAAGUAUCCUGUCAUAGAGGUACUCACUGUGACAGCCAUCACUGCCAUCCUGGCUUUCCCCAAUGAAUAUACCCGUAUGAGCACGAGUGAGCUCAUCUCGGAGCUAUUUAAUGAUUGUGGCCUACUGGACUCCUCCAAGCUCUGUGAUUAUGAGAACCGUUUCAACACAAGCAAGGGGGGUGAACUGCCUGACAGACCUGCUGGCCUGGGAGUCUACAGUGCAUUGUGGCAGCUGGCUUUGACACUCAUACUGAAAAUUGUCAUUACUGUAUUUACCUUUGGCAUGAAGAUCCCUUCUGGCCUCUUUAUACCUAGCAUGGCUGUUGGUGCUAUAGCAGGCCGACUUUUAGGAGUAGGAAUGGAACAACUGGCUUAUUACCACCAUGACUGGGCCAUUUUCAAUAGCUGGUGUAGUCAAGGAGCUGAUUGUAUCACACCCGGCCUUUAUGCAAUGGUUGGGGCUGCAGCAUGCUUAGGUGGAGUGACUCGUAUGACUGUCUCUCUUGUUGUCAUAAUGUUUGAACUAACUGGUGGCUUGGAAUACAUUGUGCCUCUAAUGGCUGCAGCCAUGACAAGCAAGUGGGUGGCAGAUGCUCUUGGGCGGGAGGGCAUCUAUGAUGCCCACAUCCGUCUCAAUGGAUACCCCUUUCUUGAAGCCAAAGAAGAGUUUGCUCAUAAGACACUGGCAAUGGAUGUGAUGAAACCCCGGAGAAAUGAUCCUCUGUUGACUGCCCUUACUCAGGACAGUAUGACUGUAGAGGAUGUAGAGACCAUAAUCAAUGAAACAACUUACAGUGGCUUUCCAGUGGUAGUGUCCCGGGAGUCCCAAAGACUUGUGGGUUUUGUUCUCCGAAGAGAUCUCAUUAUUUCAAUUGAAAACGCUCGAAAAAAACAGGAUGGGAUUGUGAGCACUUCCAUCAUUUAUUUCACUGAGCAUUCUCCUCCAAUGCCACCAUACACUCCACCCACCCUGAAGCUUCGGAACAUACUGGAUCUCAGCCCCUUCACUGUGACGGAUCUUACGCCCAUGGAGAUUGUAGUGGAUAUCUUCCGUAAGCUGGGUCUGCGUCAGUGCCUGGUUACACACAAUGGACGAUUGCUUGGAAUCAUUACCAAAAAGGAUGUGUUGAAGCAUAUAGCACAGAUGGCGAACCAAGAUCCUGAUUCCAUUCUCUUCAACUAGAAUUGCAGUGCUGUGUUGGAUAUAAAAUAGGAAGGACAUUGCAGACCCUGGAUAUAUUUUAUUAACUGGGUACCCAAAACACAUUUCCCAUAUUUGAAUGGUGAAGUUAUGUUAGUGUGUUGUCUCUUUCCUACAAGUUAACCAGUUGCACUACAUAAUCUCUGCAACUUAAUCUUCUCUUUAUGAGAAAAUAGUUAGGCUUCUGUGAUAAUUGUAUUAGGAAGAUUUCAUGAAAGAGUAGAAGAAGAUAGCUGUUGUUUAAUUUUAUCUUUUAAGAUUUUUUUAAUUAAAAAAUAAUUGUUAGCCAAUAUGCAAUCACUGAAAACUAUGCAAGAAAAAUUACAACCAUCCUGCCUAUAGCCUUCAUGAAACUCAUGAAAAAGUCAACUUUUUUGAGCUCUACCUGUCACUGGUGGAAGAUGAAGUGCCAACUAAGGGGCUUUGCUUUUCCAACCACAGAAAGGAAAGCCAGAGGGAAAAUAAUAAUGGUAUUUUCUAGACUGUGAAGAUUCAGUUCAAAUGUUAUCUUUUUCCUGUUACAAUAUUUAGCAUUAUUAGUUUUUUAUGUAUAUAUGUUAAUUUUAAUUUCUGAUUAUAUGACAAUGCUGCUUGGUUAAUCUCCUCUGAAUGAGUUCAGAGAGGUUGACUUUUAUAGCUUGCUUAUUCCUGGUACUCUUUUGAAGUGCACAAAGAUAAGUUAUAGAGCUUUCUGCUUGUCUGCAGAAAGGAUAAUUUUCAGAUGGUGUUUGUUAGCUAGUAGACAAGGACUUUGCCAUGAAUUUGUUAGUAGCAAGGAAUGAUUUCUUUCCAGUUUCCUUGAAAUGAAUGAUUAGUAAAGUUCUAAGCGAAGUAACUGACUAGGAAUUUCACAUUUUGGUGAGAUCCAAGUAAUCCUCUUACCCACAUGCCACCUCCACGGAUGAUGGUGCUUUAGACUUCUGGAAUAUGAGAUUCACCCUUCGGCCAAAGAACUGUAAAGGGAACUAAGUCUAGACUACAUACUGGUAAACCAGGCAAGAUCCAGAGCUACAUCAGCAUUCCUUCAUAAAGACUACCAGUACUAAAAUAACUGGACACUCAUGCCUCCUCCCAACGUUAAGUAUGUCCCUGUGAGCAUGCGAUAGGCUUGGAGUACUUUCAGAUAUACUGGCAUCGGAACAGGAUAGGCAGCUGUGACUCCCUUUUGAGGCUCCUUAUAAUUCUAAAUAAAAAUACAGAGCUAUCUUAAGACCCACGGGUAUGGACAAGGCCUGGUGACACCAAAGGUGCUUGCAGCCAAUUGAAAAGAUACCUGUGUCAAUUCCCUACCACCUUUACUGCACUGUAGGGACACCUGGUGGGAUUCAGAGCCACCACCAUCAUUCCUAGCACUGUUUUCAUUUUCUAUAGUUUUACCCACAUACAAUUAUUCCCCUUCCAUUCUUUUCCCCUUUCUACUCCUCAGUACUAAACCUUCUCUUUGGGAUUGAGCAUUGUGCCUGGCUAAUCAUUCAUAUUACAAAAAAUAACUCUUGGGACUAAUUAAAUUUUAAUCUAAAACUCAGCAACCUUAUGACAUAUGGGCCAGAGGUGAUACACAGCCAUUUUCUUUGCCAUGUGUCCCAGUUGCUGCUGCCGCCAUUCCUCCAUUUCCACACGCAUGCUCAUGACAGUGAUACUUAACUGCCAGUGGUAAGAGUUCAGCCUUUCCUCAUUUUUCAAGCCUGUUCUCGACACUUCCAGCCAUCCUUCUAGCCCAGCAUCAACAGUCAGCAUUUCCCCCCACCCUGAACACCUCAGUAUACCUCAUUUUAAAAGUUGCUGAUAGCUAUACUAGGAAUUUUAUCCCUAGUUCUUAACUUCCCCAAGUCAGAAAUUCUUUUAUUGCACAGAACUUAUGCCAAGGCUUAUUUAAAUUUUCAUCUGUAAAAUAUCAAGGCAUCCAUAAGAGUUUCUCUUUUUAAGUACAGUGAAAUCUGUGAGAGCUGGAACUCGACGGGACUACCUUGAUUUUCCGGGUCUUGCAAGUUUUUCGCUUUUCACAGGGUGCACAGUUACCACUUUUCUGUCGCUCUCUAUUAGUGGAAAAUGUUUGAGUUUUCCUUCUUCGACAGGUUUCUGUCUCACACAGGUUCUGGUUUUUGCAGAUCUUACUGUAUAUCACUCUAACAAUUGGAUGAAAAAGAAAAAAAAAACUUUUACAUUUUAUCACAAUCAUGGCUCAAUAACUUUACAUCUUUUGUUCCUUCCACUCCACUGACUUCCUCACAUGAGAUGAGACUAUUUGCCUGACUACCCCUGUAUAUUGUGUAGAAAUCAAAGUUCUUAUCUGUAUAUUUCUGGUUCUCUACCUAUCUCUCCUUAUUAUCCAUCCUUCCCCCUAAAGUAUGCAAAGCGGGAAAUGUUAGUAUUUCUGGUAUUCAGUGACUGGUUGUAUUUCAUAGUACAGGAGGGAUAUAGAUUUCAUCUAAGUUUGCCCUUGUGUUUCCUCUAGGUUCUGUUCUUUAUUUUAGACAGAUGAGCCAGUGUUAAGGUGCUACUUCAGAGAAUAAAUCCAAGAAAUCAGAUAACACUGUGCCAAGGUAUACUUUCUAAAUGCUGUUUGAUCAGAGAUGUGUUUUCAGACACCUUCCUCUUUUUCUGGCCCCAGCUUCCUUCUGGCUCAGGCCAGCUGUGGAGUAGGAGUGCUGUAAUCCACAAAACAGAUAUCUUCUGGUAUCUGGAUAACCUGACAUUGACAAUAAUUUGAAUUUGCCAUCUGGCAAAGCAAAAAAUUAAUUUGCUGAUUGAACCACAAAGCAAUUCACUUGUUUUGGUACCAAAGGCUGAAUCUGAACCCUUUACAGGAAGAACAGAGCAGAGCAUAAAUUUCUCUGUUGAGUCUUCAAUUCUGUUAGAACAUAAGAAUGUUAAAGUAAUGGAGACUUUAGUGUUGUCUGAGGCAGCUAAGUAAUUCAGAACCAAAGCCUUAUGAGACCAUUCAGAUGUUGGGGGGGGGCACGGAACUUAGAAUGCAAGAGAGUCCAUUAUGAGAGGUAAUAAUUGUAUGUUUUUAAGUAUUUAAGUCACUUGCUGUUGUUGGGUCUUGCUGUUGGUUCUGUCAGGUGAUGAAUCUUUUGUUUUUUUAAUAAAUCCAAAGAGCACAAAUUUAGAAGUUCAGUUUUUAAUAAUGGUAACAAAGACGGUGCUGAGAAUUUUGAAUGGCCAGUGUGUUUUAUAUUGCCCAAGUACUUACUGAUGACUGACCCACAUUGUAUUGUGAGGUAUUGAUUUACCUACACUGGAACCAGUGGUGGGCCACCCAUCAGUUCAGAGGAAGCAGGAGGACAUCUUUCAUGGUGGUGUAUAGGGUAUUGAACUUCUGAAAGCCUUAAGAAAAAUUAGGAAUUUAGAAAGUAAAUGGAAGGUAGAACAUUGAGUCCUUAAAAAAAAUAGAUAUCUAAAUACAGGCAUACCUUGGAGAUAUUGCAGGUUUGAUUUCAGACCACCGCAAUAAAGCAAAUAUCAUGAAAAAGUGAGUCACAUGAAUUUUUUGGUUUCUCAGUGCAUGUAAAAGUUAUGUGUAUACUAUACUGUAGUCUAUUAAGUGUGCAGUAGCAUUAUGUCUAAAAAAAACAAUGUACAUACCUUAAUUAAAAAUACCUGAUUGGUAAAAAAUGCUAACCAUCAUUUCAGCCUUCAGCAAGUCAUAAUCUUUUUGGUGGUGGAGGGUCUUGUCUUGAUGUCGAUGGCUGCUGACUGAUCAGGGUGGUGGUUGUUGAAGGUUGGGGUGGCUGUGGUGGCAAUUUCUUAAAAUAAGACAACAGUGAAGUUUGCUCCAUCGAUUCACUCUUCCUUUCACAAAAGAUUUCUCCAAAGCAUGUGAUGCUGUUUGAUAGCAUUUCACACACAUUAGAACUUCUUUUAAAAUUGGAGUCGAUCUUCUCAAACUCUGCCACUGCUUUAUCAACUAAAUUCAUGUAAUAUUCUCAAUCUUCUGUUGUCAUUUCAACAAUGUUCAUAGCAUCUUCACCAGUAGAUUCCAUCUCAAGAAACUACUUUCUCUGCUCAUCCGUAAGAAGCAACUCCUCAUCCAUUGAAGUUUUAUUAUGAGAUUGCAGCAAUACAGCCAUAUCUUCAGGCUCCACUUCUAAUUCUCUUGGUAUUUCUACCACAUCUCUAGUUACUUCCUCCACUAAAGUCUUGCACUCCUGAAAGUUGUCCAUGAAGGUUGAAAUCAACUUCUUGCAAACUCCUGUUGAUAUUUUGACCUCCUUCCAUGAAUCACAAAUGUUCUUAAUGGCAUCUAGAGUGGUGAAUCCUUUCCAGAAGGUUUUCAGUUUACUUUGCCCAAGAAAUCACUGUCUGUGGCAGCUAUAGCCUUACAAAAUGUAUUUCUUAAAUCAUAAGACUUAAAAGUUGAAAUUACUCCUUGAUCUGUGGAAUACAGAAUGGAUGUUGUGUUAGCAAGCAUGAAAACAACAUUAAUCUCCUUGUAUAUCUCUACCAGAGCUCUUGGGUGAUCAGGUGCAUUGUUGUAAAUAUAUCACAUAAAAAAAAACAUAACUCUUGCCAAUUCAACUUUUUUUUAUUGUGCUUUAAGUGAAAGUUUACCAAUCAAGUCAGUCUCUCAUACAAAAAUUUAUAUACACCUUCCUACAUCACUGGGUUUUUGUUUUUUAUAUACUCCUAAUUGCUCUCCCCCUAAUGAGACAGCAUACUCCUUCCCUCCAGUCUCUCAUUUUGUGUCCAUUUGGCCAGCUUCUGACCCCCUCUGCCUGCUCAUCUCCCUCCAGACAGGAGAUGCCAACAUAGUCUCACGUGUCUACUUGAUCCAAGAAGCUCAUUCUUCACCAGUAUCAUUUUCUAUCCCAUAGUCCAAUCCAAUCCCUGUCUGAAGAGUUGGCUUUGGGAAUGGUUCCUGUCUUGGGCUAAUAGAAGGUCUGGGGACCGUGACCUCUGGGGUCCUUCUAGUCUCAGUCAGACCGUUAAGUCUGGUCUUUUUAUGAGAAUUUGAGGUCUGCAUCCCACUGCUCUCCUGCUCCCUCAGGGGUUCUCUGUUGCAUUCCCUGUCAGGGUAGUCCUCGGUUGUAGCCAGGGACCAUCUAGUUCUUCUGGUCUCAGGCUGAUGUAGUCUCUGGUUUAUGUGGCUCUUUCUAUCUCUUGGGCUCAUAAUUACCUUGUGUUCUUGGUGUUCUUCAUUCUCCUUUGCUCCAGGUGGGUUGAGACCAAUUGAUGUAUCUUAGAUGGCCGCUUGUUAGCGUUUAAGACCCCAGACGCUACUCUCCAAAGUAGGAUGCAGAACUUUUUUUUUAAUAGAUUUUAUUAUGCCAAUUGACUUAGAUGUUCCCUGAAACCAUGGUCCCCAAACCCCCGGCCCUGCUACGCUGGCCUUCGAAGCAUUCAGUUUAUUCAGGAAACUUCUUUGCUUUUGGUUUAGUCCAGUUGUGCUGACCUCUCCUGUAUCAUGUGGUGUCUUUCCCUUCACCUAAAAUAGUUCUUAUCUACUAUCUAAUUAGUGAAAACCCCUCUUCCUCCCUCCUGCCCCCCUCUCGUACCCAUCAAAGAAUAUUUUCUUCUCUGUUUAAACUAUUUCUCCAGUUCUUACCAUAGUGAUCUCAUACAAUAUUUGUCCUUUUGCAACUAAUUUCACUCAGCAUAACGUCUUCCAGAUUCCUCCAUGUUAUGAAAUGAUACACAGUUUCAUCAUUGUUCUUUAACGAUGCGUAGUAUUCCAUUGUGUGAAUAUACCAUAAUUUAUUUAUCCAUUCAUCCGUCGAUGGGCACCUUGGUUGCUUCCAUCUUUUUGCUGUUGUGAACAGUGCGAGCAGUAAUAUUUUGAAAGGAAUCUUUUUUUUUUCUGAGCAGUAGUCUCAACCGUAUGCUUAAAAUAUUCCAUAAACAAUGUUGUAAACAGAUGUGCUGUCACCCAGGCUUUGUUGUUCCAUUUACAUAGAACAGGCAGAGUAGCUUUAGCAUAAUUCUUAAGGGCCCUAGGAUUUUUGGAAUGGUAAACGAGCGUUGGCUUCAACUUAAAGCCACCAGCUGCAUCAGCCCCUAACGAGAGAGUCAGCCUGUCCUUUGAAGCUUUGAAGCAGACAUUGACUUCUCCUCUCUGGCCAUGAAGGUCCUAGAGGGCAUCUUCUUCCAGUAGAAGGCUGUUUCCUCUGCACUGAAAACCUGUUGUCUAGCGCAGCCCCCUCCAUCAGUCAGCUGGAUCUCCUGGGUAACUCGCUGCAGCUUCUACAUCAGCACUUGCUGCUUCACCUGGCACUUUUAUGCUACGGACACGGCUUCUCUCCUUAAACCUCACGAACCAACCUCUGCCAGCUUCAUACUUUUCUUCUGCGGCUUCCUCACCUCUCUCAGCCUUCAUAAAAUUGAAGAGAGUUAGGGCCUUGCUCUGGAUUAGGCUUUGCUUAAGGGAACGCUGUGGCUGGUUUGCUCUAUCCAGACCACUAAAAACUUCUCCAUAUCAGCAAUAAGGCUGUUUUGUUUUCUUAUAACUCCUGUGUUCACUGGAGUAGCACUUUUAAUUUCCCUCAAGAACUUUUCCUUUGCAUUCACAACUUGGUGAAUUGUUUGGCACAAGAGGCCUAACUUUCAGCCUAUCUUGGCUUUUGACAUGACUUCCUCACUAAGCUUAUUCUUUUCUAGCUUUCGAAAGACGCUUCCUUUCACUUGAACGCUUAGAGGUCAUUGUAGGGUUAUUAAUUGGCCUAAUUUCAAUAUUGUUGUGUCUCAGGAAAUAGGGAGGCCUGAGGAGAGGGAGUGAGAUGGGGGAAUGGCCAGUUGGUGGAACAGUCAGAACACACACAAUAUUUAUUAAGUUUUCCAUCUUAUAUGGGUAUGGUUCAUGGCACCCCAAAAGAAUUACAAUAGUUACAUCGAAGAUCACUGAUCACAGAUCAUCAUAACAGAUACAAUAAUAAUGAAAAAGUUUGAAAUAUUGCGAGAAGUACCAAAAUGUGACACAGAGACACAAAGUGAGCACAUGCUUUUGGAAAAAUGACACUGAUAGACUUGAUCGAUGCACAGUUGACACAAACCUUCAAUUUGCACAAAACACAGUAUCUGUGAAGCGCAAGAAAAUGAGGUAUGCCUGUAAUGUCUGAACCUACACGUCCUAAAAUGUUGAUUUUUUUUUUCCCUUUCCUAACCACCUCUGGAACUGCCUGGUCUCCCUUUGGAGAAGGAAUUGAAAGUUAUGGCAGUUGAAGAGCCCUAGUUUGUGUGAGAUGGUGGGAACAAGGCCAUUCCAUGUCCCAAGCCAUACAUCCUGGCAUUUAUAAACUACUUAAUCAUGUACCUGAAGGGGAAAAACAAUAAAGACAAUAAAGUACCCCCCCAACCAUGCUUUCCAUACAAAGGAGAGGCUUAAAGCAGUGUUUGGCUUCAGGGAAGCCUACUUAUAUGGAGAAGGCUGACCCAAGACAUCUUCUCAUGAAGGAGUACAGCCUCUACUGCCAUUGCCUAAGUGAUUAACUUUAGGUAUAUUCUCUUUAAUUUCUAUAGCAAAAUGUUUUGUUUUUUUUUUAAAUCUAUUAAAUCCUUUAUCUGUCACCAGUUGUCUUCAAGUCAUUUCUGACUAAUGGCAACCCUAUGUGUGUCAGAGUAGAACUGUGCUCCAUAGUUUUUUCUUUUUUAAUUUUGUUGUGUUUUAGGUGAAAUUUUACAGCACAAAUUAGUUUCUCAUUCAAAAAUUUAUACACAAAUUGUUUUGUGACAUUAGUUGCAAUCCCUUUAAUGUGUCAGUACUCUCCCCCUUUCCCUUUCCACCCUGGGGUCUCCGUGUCCAUUCGUCCAGUUUUCCUGUCCCUUCCUGCCUUCUCAUCUUUGCUUUUGGGCAGAUGUUGCCCAUUUGGUCUCGUAUACUUGACUGGACUAAGAAACACAUUCCUAACGUGUUACCGUUUGCUUUAUUCCAUAGUUUUUUAAUGGCAGAUAUUUUGGAAGUCGAUCACCAGGCCUUUUUUCCAAGGCACCUCUGGGUGGACUUGAACCUCCAGUCUUUCAGUUGGCAGCCAAAUGCCUUAACCAUUUGCACCACACCCUAGUAUCUGGGUCAAGCCCUGGUGGCAUAGUGGUUAAGUGCUUGGCUGCUAACCAAAACAUUGACAGUUCAAAUCCACCAGCUGCUCCUUGGAAACCCUAUGGGGCAGUUCUAAUCUGUCCUGUAGGGUUGCUAUGAGUCAGAAUCAACUUUACAGCAAUGAUUUUUUUUUUUUUUAGUAUCUGGGUGGCGCAAAUGGUUAAGCGUUAGACUAUUAGCCAAAAGGUUGGUGGUUUGAACCCACCCAGAGGUGCCUUGGAAGACAAGCUGGCAAUCUGCUUCCAAAAGGUCACAGCCUUGAAAACCCUAUGGAACAGUUCUACUCUGAACACAUGAGUUUGUCAUGAGUCAGAAUUGACUCAAUGGCAACCAACAACAACAAAAUAUAUACUUAUUGUGUAUUAAGAAGAAAAAGGUGAGGGUUUCUCAGGUCAUAGCUCAAAGAAAAAAAACACAAACCACAACAAAACCACAAACAGAGCUGUGCUAAAUUUGUAGUUACAUCAGUGUAGUGGACCUGUGGUUAGAAACUGAACUUUUUGGUAGUUUGCUCCAAGGAGAGACAUUCUUGGAAUCGUGGUGUUAGCAACUUUGAGUUAUACCCCAAACGUUUGCUGGCCACAUUUUCAUUUCAACACAUCUAGAUCUGGGCAAAAUUUCGAAGUGAUGUAGGGAACAAAAUAGGUUUUUCCACUGUGUAGUCUGCUUUUGCCAAAUCCCCAAAGAAGAAAACUAUAAGAUGUGUGGAGUUUGAAUUUCUUGGAUGGGACCUAUCAGGUAGUCCAGCCCAAUUCUGCAGUCCUAACUCCCUAUGUCUAAGUUCCUGCCAAAGGGUCUUCAGCCUCUAUGCACACACUUCUUGAACGUGUGGCCUUUUAAGGAGAGAUAGCAUGUGAUGAUUUAAAAAACAUGAGGGUUAAAAAAAAAGACCUCUCUCUUUCUCCUAUUCCCCGAAGCCAGAUUUCUCUCCGUCGUUACAAGCAUAGCGUUUUGAAUGUGGACCUUGGAAGAGAGGGAGGAUGGUUUUGAGAAUACAGAAUGGAAGAUACUUCUGAGUUGAAGGGGUCAAUGGGGCUUUUCUUUACCUUAGGGACUAAAGCCAGUGGUAUCUGUCAAGAAUGUCGAGGGCUUUUAGCAUUUCAAGGAAGAAAGCUUAUUACCUACUAGUCCAAAUCUUGGAAACCCUGGUGGCAUAGUGGUUAAGUGCUACGGCUGCUAACCAAAGGGUCGGCAGCUCGAAUCCGCCAGGCACUCCUUGGAAACUCUAUGGGGCAGUUCUACUCUGUCCUACAGGGUUGCUAUGAGUCGGAAUCGACUCGACGGCACUGGGUUUGGUUUGGGUUUGGUUAGUCCAUAUCUGUAGCCCUGGUGGUGUAGUGGUUAAAAGCUCAGCUGCUAACCAAAAGGUCAGCAGUUUGAAUCCACCAGCCGCUUCUUGGAAACCCUGUGGGGCAGUUCUACUCUGUCCUACAGUGUUGCUAUGAGUUGGAAUCAACUUGACAGCAACGGAUUUUUUUAGUCCAAAUCUGUUGAAAUUCAGAUGAAGUCUAGGAUUUGGUGAGUGAAAUGCCAUCUGGCAAAAUGGGAAAGAGGAAGUAGCCUGAGAUCAUUGUACCAGGAUGAGAGUUUUUAGGUUCAUUUUCAUAUUUGAGUAUACCUCAAAAUAACAUGGUCCUUCGGGAGUACUUUUACCUCCUCCAUUUCACUUUGCCCCCUCUUCUUCCUCCUUUCUGUCCCAUUGUCUUGCCUUUUUAGUACUCAGCUUUUUGUAAGUAUUUACUUUUUUAUUAUAUAUUUGGUCCUUUGGGACUGUGUAAUGAUUAAGAAUUGCAUUCUAGAUAAAAAAUGAUGUGUAUUAAUAUUACAUUUUGUUCUCUUAAACUGUCUUUUGAAGCUAUUCUGCUAACCAGGUACAGGCCAGAAAAGAGUUGGGCCUGACAGACAGCACCCUGGUCAUGUCACCUAAGGAUGACAUUGAUGUCAUAAUGGUGACUCUUCUCCAUUUUACCAAGGUCAGUCUCCUGCUCUAACCUCUGCCCAGUCAGUUCUGGCCUUUGGAAAACCACCACCCACUGAGUGAGCCCAUGAGGCCAGGAGGAUCAGAGGGGCUAGGUUUUAGCCCAUGGGCUACCAUAUGAAUAUCUCUGUGUACACUCAUUUGUAGGGCAGGCUCCAACUGCAUAAGCCAAAUAAAACAUGUCUGACUUGACAUUUUAGUUCCUGAGAGCUGGUCACAGUUCACAUGAAGCUAAUAUAUAAACAUCAACAGCAACUAGGCAUCCAGAAAUUAUCUUCAACCAAAGCUAAUAUAGCCUGAGUUUCCAUAGGAAGCUUGGUGCUGAGCUGCUCAGAGCAAUUAUUUAUCUGAGUGUUGCCAACACUUUAGCCAUACUUUCUUAGCUUUAGUCCAACUUUUAAAAUGUUGGACCCUGUUCAUAGGCACAGCCUGGACCAAAGCUGUGGCUCACCGCUCACUUCAUUCUGCUCCCUGGUCAUGCAUAGCAACAUAGUCUAAAAAGGAAAGCAUGGGCUGGGGGAGUUAGGAGACCUGGUUUAUAUUCCCUGUGCUUCUACUAACUAGCCUUGAGAUCUUAACCACUCUGUGCCUCAGUGUUCCCAUCUGCAAAAUGGGGACAGUGUUACUUGCCCUACCUACCUCAUAGGGUUGUUGUGAGGAUAAACCAAGACAAUGAAUGGAACGUACUUUGACAAGUAAGUGCUAUGCAAAUCGUAAGAAAUGGAAACAAUCAUGUUAAAGGCAAUGGAAUAGAAACUGGUAGAAGGGUUAAUGGGCUAGUCCGGCCCUUUCUCUAUGUGGCUUAAAAGCAGGUCACCAUUGCUUUAUAUAUUUCCACUUACCACAGAUUUGUAAUUAUGCAUGUAAUAAAUAAAGCACAGCCUUAUCCAACUGGUGUAUGGUAUUUUUUUGAAGACCCUAAACUUUGUAGCCAUUGAUUUCUGAUCGUAAAAGUGGGGUGGCGAGCAUAGGGAGAGUAGUGUAAAAGGCAACUUUAGUUGGAAUCAGCAGGCUCCACUUCUUAAAAAGAUUUGUUAAAUAUUUAUUUAUGUAUUUCAAGAUUCAGUAAUAUUUUUUGCCAUAAUGAGGCAAACGAGGAGCAGCUUGUGUUUUCUGAGAGAUCCCAGAUACCUAGAUACCUUAUUCAUUAUGGCUACUUAAAUUGUGUCUCAUACAUGGGUGAUAAUUUCCUGAUGACCUGAGAAUCAACUGGGAGCUGUUUUUUGUCUUUCUUUGAUCUUUUAAUGAGUGUAAGAUCAUGAGCUUUGACAGAUCUCUUUCCUGCAGUCACUUUUUAAAAAACUGUUUCGUUGUUGUUAAUUGAAAAUUGACACAGUAGAACAUGCACCAAUUCAACCAUUUCUACAUGUACAAUUCCAUGCAUUGAUUAUAUUCUUUUAGUUGUGCAACCAUUCUCACCCUCCUUUUCUGAGUUGUUCCUCCCCCAUUAACAUAAACUCACUGCCCCCUAAGGUUUCUAUCUAAUCUUUUGAGUUGCUGUUGUCAAUUUGAUCACAUGUCGAUAAUUCUUAAAAGAAUAUAAUGCUCAAGGCAGACUUUUUUACUAGUUAAGCUAAACUAUUGUUUGGUUUUAAGAAGACUUCAGAGGAUAUUUUUGGUUUAAGGUUUAAAGAUCAUCUCAGGGUGAUAAUUUCAGGGGUUCAUCCAGCCUCAAUGGCUCCAGGAAAUCAGUAUGUCAUAAGAAUCUGAAAUUCUGUUCUGCGUUUUCCCCCUUUUGAUCAGUAGUCUUCAAUAGAAUCUUUGAUCAAAAUGUUCAGUAAUGGUAGCCAGGUACCAUCCAGUUCUUCUGGUCUCAUGGCAAAGAAGGCAGUUAUUCAUGGAGACAAUUAGCCAUGCAUUCCAUUUCCUCCUCCUAUUCCUGACUCUCUUUCUUCCUCUGUUGCUCUAACCUGUAGUCACUUCUUACAAGGAGUGGAAUGCAUGAUUAAAAUUGUUCUUCAGAUAAAUACUAGUGUUCUUAGCAUUCUUUAUGAUAUGUUGGGAUUAAAAUGUCUUCUGUGAGAAACCUGCUGAAAUGACCAUGUAAAUUAAAGUGGGUGGGGGGAGGUGCUUGAGUAUACAAACAUUUCCUUUUCACACUUCCCUGGAACACAGAACACAAAGUAAAGCUAUACUUUGAACAUGGCUUACCUACUUUUCACCCUGUUUUUCCUGCAUUUCAUUCCUUCCUUUCUCCCUCUCAACAUUAGCCAGACACCAGUAAGGCAGUUUACCUGUGUCCAACUUUUCAUGUAAGAGUUUGUCUAGUCGACAUUGGAUUAUAUGUGUACUGGCAUUGACUUGCUAUCUUGUUGCUACCAAGAAUUUAAUGCCAUUGGCUUACUUGGUAUCGUUUCAGGAAGGACACUUCUAUAUAACAAUAACUCCCCCAUAGGCCUGAAAUUCCACAAAGAAAUUUCAGUUCUUGAUGAUAUUCAUCAUUUCACUGUGCCCGUUCCACAUUGCUGCCAUUCUUGUCUCUAAAUACCUUUUGAGAAGAAGCAAUACAUCUAACUGUUACCACCUAUCAACAGAUCUAUUCUCUGUAGGAUUCAGAUAAAAGUUGCUUUGAUGGAAUGUGAAGUUCAGGAGUUGCCCAGAGAAAGACUUGGAAAUGACCACCAGAUGUCAGUGCAAUCAUUAAAGUACUGAUGUGGCAUUACAGGGGAAGUAAGCACAACUGGACUAAACCAAAAGCUAAGAAGUUUCCUGAAUACAACCAAACACUUUGAGGGACAGGGUAGCAGGGGCAGCAGUCUGGGGACCAUGGCUUCAGGGGACAUCUAGGUGAACUGGCAUAACAAAAUAUAUUAAAACGUUCUGCAUCCCACUUUGGUGAGUGUCGUCUGGGGUCUUAAAAGCUAGCAAGCGGCCAUCUAAGAUGCAUCAAUUGGUCUCAACCCACCCGGAGCAAAGGAGAAUGAACACCAAACACACAAGGAAAAUAUGAGCCCAAGAGACAGAAAGGGCCACAUAAACCAGAGACUCCAUCAGCAUGAGACUGGAAGAACUACAUGGUGCCCGGCUACCACCAAUGACUGCCCUGACAGGAAACACAACAGAGAAUCCCUGAUGGAGCAGGAGAGCAGUGGGAGGCAGACCUCAAAUUCUAGUAAGAAGACCAGACUUAAUGGUCUGACUGAGACUGGAGGGACCCCAGAGGUCAUGGCCCCCAGACUCUCUAUUAGGCCAAAACUAAAACUAUUCCCAAAGCCAACUUUUCAGACAAAGAUUAGACUGGACUAUAAGACAUAAAAUGAUACUGGUGAGGAGUGUGCUUCUUAGCUCAAGUAGACACAUGAGACUAUGGGAAGUUCCUGUCUGGAGAUAGAUGAGAAGGCAGAAGGGGACAGGAGCUGGUCGAAUGGAUGUGGGAAAUACAGGGCAGAGAGAAGGAGCAUGCUGUUACGUUGUAGGGAGAGCAACUAGGGUCACAUAACAAUGUGUGUAUAAGUUUUUGUAUGAGAAACUGACUUGAAUUGUAAACUUUCACUUAAACCACAAUUUAAAAAAAAACUGAUGUGGCUAAGUAUGGGCCACACAGAAACUGCCUGAGGGGUAGGCAGCAGGCAAGAAGCAUGAAUUGAUACACAGAGCUAGACACUAAACCAAUCCGUUGCUGAUGAGUUGAUUCAUACUCAUGGGGACCCCAUGUGUUACAGAGUAGACCUGCUCCAUAGGAUUUUCUUGGCUGUGAUCUUAUGGAAGAAGAUCACCAGGCCUUUCUUCCACGGUGCCACUGGGUGGGUUCAAACUGCCAACCUUUAGUAGUCAAGCGCAAACUGCACCACCUUUGGAUCUUGAGCUAAGUACUGUUGAGUUGCUUCUGACUCAUAACAACCCUAUAUGACAGAGUAGAACUGCCCCGUAGAGUUUCCUAGGUUUAAAUCUGUAAGGGAGCAAGUCACCAGGUCUUUUCCCCCAAAAAAGUGGCUGGUGGGUUUGA